UUUAACAGAUUCGCAGGCGUCUUUUCGAAAUUUGUAUCAGUUAUUGUUUAUCAUUUUGGUUUCAGCUUCUCUUAUUUUCUUGAAAAAUAGAGAAGAUGCCGCGUAGAAAAAAGGCGAGAAAGAAUCAAACUAGUCGUAUGCGGCCGGUGCUUCCAGAGGGCGAUCUCGACUCUUCAAUGAGCAUCGAUGAACGCAAAGCAAAGUUGGAUAUUUAUUUGAAAGAUUUAAACAUGCAAGUUCAAGAGAGAGUGGAAAAGAUGAAAGCCAGGGGUUAUGACAUGAUCUGUAAAGUGAAAGGAGCUUUUUCUUUGGAGAUCUUGAAACUUCCAAUGAACAUAAGAAAGAUGAAGCUAAGUGAUUAUCGAGCUCAAGGUGGUGAGGUGAAUGAAACUGCUCUAAAUGAGGCUUCUAAACUUGUAACUGAAAUGACAAGAUCAGUUCUACAACCUACAACAAAAGCUACUACAAGAGAUCCAUUCACUGAACUUGGAAACCUGCCAUUGAAAACUCCAUCAGGAAUCAAAGUCAAAAGUGAGGAUCUGACAGGAAAUGUGAAACUAAAUGAACCUGGGUUCUUGGAACCAACCACAGCUCCAAGAUCACUGCGUCCAAGAAAGAGAAAAGACAUGUCUCCCAGCACAGUGGAUAAGAACACAAGAUCAGCCAAGACUCGCAAAACAAAAGAUAGCAUUACAGUUGCACCACCUUCUACUGGGAAACGCACAAGCAAAAGGAUACAACCCAAAGCUCACUUUGCAACACCAGCAGUGAGGGGAAUUCCUUACAGCAACACACCAAUGGUGACACCAAAGUUUGACCCACGGUUACCAGUGACUCCUGCCUUGCUGCGAGAACCAAAAGUUGGUGAAAGUAUCAUGUCUCUGAAUGGAUCGCCCAUUGUUAACAGCGCUCCAGCCCCAAACACACCGCAGCUUUCUAUUUCCCUUGGUAACGGACGGAGGAUUCAACUUAAUCCCACCUCUCACCUGAGCCCGUCGCAAUCGACGAUUCUGAACGACGCCGCAAGGAAGAAUGUGGAAUUACUGCAGCAAAAGCUUUCACAGCUCCUGGCCAUGCCAACUCCAGCAGAGAAAAAGUGAUUCUUAAUUUCCUUUUCUGUCAGUACAUUUUAUUUUGCUGAUGACAAGAAACCUAAGUUAACACUGUACUAAGACUAGGACUUAUGAAAAAAUGUUGAAAGCGUGUUA